UCGACCGCGUGUUCCUUUUUUCUUCCUCGGCUCGUUCCAACGCUCCCGGCGAUCACGGGAGCCUCCAUGGGGCAACGAUGGUCGUUGCGCGAGGCAUUGGUGAAGCCAGGCUCCGAGCAGCAGGCGUGUCGAGAAGACCUCUGUGUGUUGGUGCAUGGCAUCGAAGGUAGCAAUCAGGAUAUGCAGAUCUGGCAGGAGCGGUUGCAACUGCUCCGACCGGAGUGGCACCUGCUCUUGGCCGCCUCCAUCAGCCAGACCUGCCGCGUCGUGGGCGACGGCAUCGAUCGCCUGGGAGAGCUGCUCGCGCGCGAGGUGCUGGAUGCGCUGAAGGAGUUUGGCGGACGACAGGUACGGCUGCACUUCGUCGGGCACUCCCUGGGUGGCCUCGUGGCGCGUGCGGCGCUGCCGCUGAUCGCGGAGGCGGAGGAGGUGGAGCCUGAAGCUUUGGAGUACGGCCACUUCGUGAGCCUGAACUCACCACAUCUGGGCGUGCGCUCAGGACAUCCCUUCACCUGCUGGAAGAAUCUGGGCGACAUCAUCCCUCAACGCCUAGGCCUUCUUCGCCUGAUUCACCAAGUGACCCUGCAGGAUCGUGAGGAGCUGACUAAAGCGCCGGCGGGCUCAUCGAUCUCCAGUUCCAGCGGCCGUGGAGUUCCUCGCCCCUUCCUGGAGGAGCUGGCGGACCCCACGGGCGCGCCCAGCCGCGCGCUGCGGCGCUGCGCGUCGCGCAGCGCGGUGGCCGCCUCGCACUGGGACGUGAUGGUGCCCUGCUGCACCGCGGCCAUCUGUGCCGAGAACACUUUCCCAUCUCCAAGUCUUUUCACCGGCUACUGGUGGCCCUUCUGGCGCAUCGACGCCGCCGUCGGCCCCGACGGCCUGGCCGCGCGCCUGCGCCGCCCGAGCGCCGCUGCGGCGCGCUGGGCGGCGCCGGAGGGCGCGGCGGAGCGCUUCCGGCGGAGCGUGGAGGAGGUUCCUGGGCAAAUGUGCGCAGCAAAGCCAUACACAACAGGUGUCUUUUUCGCGCCAGACCAGCGGAGCUUCGCCCGGGCACUUGAGAGACUCCCGAGCCGCGAGCCGCCCGCGCGCCCCGGGCCGCGGCUCCGCAAGUCGAGCGACUCUGAGGUGGAGUUCGUCCCCGACAUGCUGCAAGGCCCACCUGCGACCCACCGGGGCGGUGACCGGGAGCUUCUUGGGGCUCGGAACGGUGAAGCCGCGGGUGGAUGGAUCGGGUCCGGAGACUUGUGUCGAGAGAUGCCCUCUUCAGGCUUGGUGAUGGCUGGGAGGGCCCAGGUGAAGGGGCAAGGUCUGUCGUCGUUGACCUGGCGGCGGGUUACCUACACUGUCCACUUCCCCUUCGCUGAUGUGCACCUCUUCACCAUUGGCAAGGACUCUGGUGGUUUGGUUGACCGGAAGCUCCGGAGCUGGUCGGUGGAGUUCAUCGACCUGUUGAUCGAGGGCCUCCUUGAAGCCUGA